AUGCCCCUGAGGUUUGCAAUAAUGCACCAAAUACACCUGCGCGUUUCAAAAUUCAUAAAAUACCCCUAAAGUUCCGUACUGUUCAUUAAAUGCUCCUGGAUUUAACGGACGUUAGCUUGCCGUUAGUGACGUUUUACCAAUUUGCCCUUAAUUGUUGUUUGGCGCGAUUUAGGUAACAAUUGUGACUGAAAUUCCAAAAAAAAAAAAACUUCUCAACUUCUCUUCUUUCUCUCUCCUUUCCCCUGUUCUUCAACCCUCAUCAAUUCUACUGUAACUGACAAAAUUCUGGGUAGAUCUUCAAGAAUUUAGUGAAAUUUGUUGCGUUCUCUUUUGGCGAGUUCGUGGGUGUUCGUUUGGUGAAUUCGCGACAAAAAGGGGGCAACUUGGAGGCGAUUUAGAGCUUCGGGUGCAGUGGACGAACAAGGGCCCUUUUCCUAGUUGGAUUAUCUACUUCAAGGAUGACUGCAAUGUGGUUGUUAUUGCAUCAUGGAUCACAUAGCUUUGAUGUGAGAGUUACAGACAUGGAAAAGUAUCGUCUUUUGAGGUUAUUUUUGGAUAUUUUUGAGGAAUCUGUUAGGCAGGAUGUGUUUUUACCUAGUACAUUUGCCCUGUUUAUUGAGUCUCCCUGUGGUAGAGUUGAGUUGGUAUAUGAUAAGACAAUGAAGCUAAUGUGGGGAUGGAAUUGGGGUAAGGACACUGCUGAAAUAUGGGUUGAGGGUACAGACAAACCAGGAGUGGUGUUUAGAAAUGCUGUUGCCACAAUUGAGCAUCAUAGGAAGGAGAGUGAGAGAAAGCUCAAAGAGAGACAAGAUGAACUUCUUAGGGCUCAAAGAAAGGAGGAAGAGGAAAUGAGGAAAAAACAGGAGAGAGAGGACAUUUUAAGGGAACUUCAAGAACAAAUGGAGUACACAAUAGCUGUGGAGGUGCCUGUGGUUGAUUGUGAGGACUUAAGCACUGAGUAUGUGAGGAUUAUAAGCAAGGAUGGUGCUGAUGAGGUGUUUCCAGGAGCCUCUCAACCACAACCCACACAAGAAUCUUCACCCUCCAAAAAACCUACUUCUCCUAAACCAAAACAAAAGGCCAAAGUCAAGCCAACUACUCCAAAAGCUCCUAAGGUUCCUAAAGCCAAGAAACUGACCCCUAAGAGGAGACCCACCCCAACUCAAAAACAGGCCACACCAAAGGCAAAAAAACCCACCCCAACAACAAAAAAGCCCACCUCAACACCACAGCAACCCACCCCAACUCCAGAACAAUCAAUCCCACCAGCACAGCAACCCACCCCAACAACACAGCAGCCCAUCCCACCACCACAGCAACCCAACCCAUCACCACAAACACACCCCACCCAUUCCCCACCACCACAGAACACCCAAAAUGAUCAACCACCCCAUUCCCCACCACCACAGAACACCCAAAAUGAUCAGCCACCCCAUUCAACACCAACACAGAAUCAGUCUGAAGCUGUUAAAAGGAAGGGGGCCAGAACUAGACCUACAGGGUUCAGGGUGAACAAAGUGACUGCCAAGAAAGCUGGAACUUGGGUAUCCAAAGGGAAGGGCAUAGGUAGGAAGGGUACAGGGAGGUCAAAGAGUGCAAGGGUGUUCACUAAUAUUGAGGAUAUAGGUUCAGAAGAGGAGAGUGAGGAUUCAGAUUGGGAGGAAUCUGAACCAGACUCUGAACUAGAGGAGGAUAAACUUGAUGAUUGGGUUGACUCUGAUGUGGAGGCUGAGGUGAUAACAGAUGAUGUUCCUGACUUAUUGUUUGAGGAAUGUUUGGAUGGUUCUAGUAAGAUGGAUAAGGCCUACAAGAAUGGAAAGAUAUGGACUCAUCAACCAUAUGGGUCCAUCAAAUUAGAACCUUGGUUGAUCUUUCCAGACAAGUCCACUUUCCUAGAUGUUUUGAGGAGUUUUUGCAUACAAGAGGGGUUUGGACUAAGUGUUGAGAGGGCUGACAGUAAGAGGUACACUGCAGUGUGUGCAAUAGAAACUUGUGACUGGAGGAUACAUGCAAGUAAGAUGUUUGACAGUGUCAGUUGGGCUAUUAAGGGGAUCAGUGGGUGCCACAAAACUUGUGGGAGAUUGGAGGAGAACCCUGUGGUGACCUCUGAGUGGCUAUGUAAGAACAUGAUGAGUCUAAUUGAGGCCAACACUGAAAUUCCUGUUGAGACAUUGAGAAGGUAUGCACAGGAGACAUUUCAAUUGAGGGUUAAAAAGAGAUUGUUGUACAAAGUAAGGAGUAUGGCAGUAGAGAAGAUACAUGGUGGUUGGGCUGAGGCUUAUGAGUUGCUUCCUAGGUAUGCUGAGAUGAUUAAACAGACAAACCCAGGAAGUUAUGCACUGAUUUCAUGGGGUGCUACAAGUGGGGAUGUGAACCCCAAGUUCAGAGCUUGUUUCUUCUCCUUUGCUGCUCAAGUCAAGGGGUUUUUGAGGGGGUGCAGGCCUAUAAUUGGAAUAGAUGGGGCUCAUCUAAGUGGGUUUUACAAGGGAAUCCUACUCACAGCUGUUGGCAUUGAUGGGAACAAUGAAAUAUUUGUUCUGGCUUAUGGGAUAGUGGACACUGAGAGCUGUGAUAGUUGGACACAUUUCAUGAGAUGCUUGAGGCAGAUGUUUGAGCAAGAGGGUUGCAACAAAGAUGAUUGGACCUUCAUCAGUGACAGGAUGAAGGGAGUUGACUUGGCAGUGAGAGAUACUUUUCCUAGAGCUACUAGGAGAGUUUGCUGCCAACACUUGUACAUGAAUUGCAAAAACAAUGGAUUUAGUGGAUCUGCUUUCUUCAAACUGUUUUGGAUAGCUGCAAAUGCACACAAUGAGUAUGUGUAUGGUAAAGCAUUAGAGAAGAUCACUGCUCAUGAUCCAAAUGCUGCUGCAUACUUGGACACAUGCCAGGAGCAGUGGUCCAGGCAUAUGUUUGACCCUGCUGUUUGUUGUGAUCACAACACAACAAACUUUGUGGAGUCAUUCAAUGCAUGCACAAAACCAUACAGAGACAUGCCUGUAUUCUCAUUGUUGGAAGCAAUAAGAAAGUGGUGUAUGGAGAGGGUUGGGGCAAGAUUUGACAUGGCAAUUGAUAUGGAGGAUGGUCAGUUGACUGAGUAUGCCAAGAAAGAGGUGGAUGAAAGAACAGGAGAGUCUAGGUUCUGCUAUGCUACAGCCUGUGGUGAGGGGGAAUUUGAGGUCAGAGAUGCACAUGUGAACUUCCCCAUCAGGUUAUCAACUAGAAGCUGUGGGUGUGGGAAGUGGCAAAUUUCUGGAAUCCCCUGCAAGCAUGCACUCAGGGUGAUUUAUGACCAAAGGCUGAACCCCAUUGAUUUUGUCUCCCCAUUCUUCAAGUCUGCUGCAUACAAGCUUACAUAUGCAGACCACAUUCACCCCAUGUCAGACCCAACACAGUGGCCUAACUUUUCUCUCCCUACCAUUCAGCCUCCAGUCAUCAAAAGACAAGCUGGCAGACCUGCUAAGAAGAGAAAGAGAGGACCAAAUGAACCCAGGAAGGGGAAGAGAAACAGCAAUGUGAAAUGUGGAAAGUGCAGGGAGUUUGGUCAUAACUCAAGGACAUGUAAGAAUGGAGGACCAAGCACUGGACCAAGCACUUCAGCAGCAGCAGGAGCAAGUACAUCACAAGGGGGUUCAAGGGGGAGGAAAAGAGCAAACACAGCAACUUAA